CUCCAGGGCUCUGAGCACUGACGUCCUGGGGUCCUCCUUUCCUGACGCCGCUUCCCCCCACCCUGACAGACGUGAACUGGGGAUACAUUUACAUCUUUGUUCGAAAACAUUUAGAGACGAGGAAUGCGGCAUCAGAGAGGGACUGAGACAUUCAGGAGUGUUGGGAGCUAUGGUUAAGUGGGAUGGGCUGGAAGUUACCGUCAAGCCGCCUUAGAAGUCAGUGGGGGGACCCAGGGCUUCAUUGAGAAAACUCGGAGUGACGUGUCUCUUUACAGGAGGCUCUGAGCCGUCGAUGGCAGAUGAGAGCUUUGGGGCCCGAGUCACAGUGUUACCAGUCACAUGGGGGUUAGAAAGUACAGUAAGGUGUCUUCUGCCAGCAGAGUGGCCAGCUGUCUGUGGACACAUCUGAGGCUGUGACAUUUUUCAGAAGUAUUGCCAACUCUCGGUGGUUUCAGGCCUGAUUAUCUCCUGUGGCCUUAGCGUUCUGGGGCCCCACGCCCCAGCCGGUGUGCUCAGCCCUUCUGCGCACUCACUCUGUCAGUAAAUGGUUAUGGAAUUCGGCUUCGUGCCGGGCACUGUUUUGGCCACUGGGGUUUGUAAACAGAGCCGUGGUGUCAAGGAAUGACGUUCUGUGGGGAGAGGGCUGCUGUCACACACACAAGAAUGUUGUGGCGGAGCUGUGGUCCUCCUUUAGAAGAGCUCUGGGCAGCCAUUUGGCAGAAAGAUGUCGCACUUAAGCCUCAGGAACGUGUGGAGAAACGCCAGACCCCUCUGAGCAAGAAGAAACGAGAAGCACUUACCAACGGCCUGUCCUUUCACUCCAAGAAGAGCCGACUCAGCCACACACACCACUACGGCUCGGAUCGAGAGAAUGACCGCAACCUCUGCCAGCACCUGGGGAAGAGGAAGAAGAUGCCCAAGGGACUCCGGCAGCUCAAGCCAGGCCAGAACAGCUGCAGAGACAGUGACAGUGACAGCGGAGAAUCCAAGGGCUUCCACCGGAGCAGCUCUCGGGAAAGGCUCAGCGAUAGUUCAGCUCCCUCCAGCUUGGGAACAGGCUACUUCUGUGACAGCGACAGUGACCAGGAAGAGAAGGCAUCAGAUGCCAGCUCUGAAAAACUCUUCAAUACUGUUAUUGUAAACAAAGAUCCGGACGUAGGGGUUGGCGCCCUCCCAGACCAUGACAGCCAGGACGCGGGGCCGGUUGUCCCCAAGAUAUCGGGUCUAGAGAGAAGCCAGGAGAAGAGCCAGGACUGCUGCAAAGAGCCGAUCUUUGAGCCCGUGGUGCUGAAAGACCCCUGCCCUCAGGUCCCUCAGCCGCUGCCCCAGGCCCAGGCGGAGCCCCAGCCUCGAGCUCCUUCUCCAGACCCCGACCUGGUGCAGCGCACGGAGGCGCCCCCGCAGCCCCCACGUCCAAGCACACAGCCGCCCCAGGCGCCCCCAGAGGCCCAGCCUCAGCCCGCCCCUCAGCCUGCAGUGCAGAGGCCUCCGCGGCCGCAGUCCCCAGCCCAGCUGCUGCACCAGAGCCUCCCGGCCGUGCAGGCGCAGCCCCCGUGCCAGAGCCUCGCCCAGCCCUUGUCGGCCUACAACAGCAGCAGCUUGAGCCUCAACAGCCUCAGCAGUAGCAGAAGCAGCACCCCGGCGAAGACUCAGCCCGCCCCUCCUCACCUCUCUCACCACCCCUCGGCCUCCCCGUUCCCCCUCUCCCUGCCCAACCACAGCCCCCUGCACAGCUUCACGCCCACCCUCCAGCCCCCCGCACACUCCCAUCACCCCAAUAUGUUUGCCCCUCCCACGGCUUUGCCUCCCCCACCGCCGCUGACUUCAGGGAGUCUGCAGGUCCCGGGACACCCGGCCGGAAGCACUUACUCAGAGCAAGACAUCUUGCGGCAGGAACUGAACACGCGUUUUCUGGCGUCUCAGAGUGCUGACCGCGGGGCUUCCCUGGGCCCUCCGCCCUACCUGCGGACCGAGUUCCACCAGCACCAGCACCAGCACCAGCACACGCACCAGCACACGCACCAGCACACCUUCACGCCGUUCCCCCACGCCAUCCCGCCCACCGCCAUCAUGCCGACGCCAGCACCUCCCAUGGUGCGUACCCCAGGCAGAAAUUUUGACAAAUACCCUACAAAAGUUGACCCAUUCUACCGGCACAGUCUCUUCCAUUCCUACCCUCCCGCGGUGUCGGGAAUCCCCCCUAUGAUUCCACCCACCGGCCCGUUCGGUUCACUACAAGGAGCAUUUCAGCCCAAGACAUCCAACCCUAUCGAUGUUGCUGCUCGACCCGGGACAGUCCCACACACUUUGCUCCAGAAGGACCCGAGGUUGACAGAUCCUUUCAGACCUAUGUUAAGGAAACCAGGGAAGUGGUGUGCUAUGCAUGUUCACAUCGCCUGGCAGAUCUACCACCACCAACAGAAGGUCAAGAAACAGAUGCAGUCAGACCCGCAUAAGCUGGACUUCGGAUUGAAACCCGAGUUCCUGAGCCGCCCCCCGGGCCCCAGUCUCUUUGGAGCCAUCCACCACCCCCAUGACCUGGCCCGGCCUUCAACUUUGUUCUCUGCCGCUGGUGCUGCACACCCAACCGGGACCCCUUUUGGGCCGCCCCCCCACCACAGCAAUUUCCUUAAUCCUGCCGCUCACCUGGAGCCUUUUAACCGUCCGUCUACGUUCACUGGCCUCGCAGCGGUUGGUGGCAACGCCUUUGGGGGACUCGGAAACCCUUCAGUUACACCCAACUCAAUGUUCGGCCACAAGGAUGGCCCCAGUGUGCAGAACUUUAGCAACCCUCACGAACCCUGGAACCGGCUCCACCGCACGCCUCCGUCGUUCCCGACCCCUCCGCCCUGGCUGAAGCCAGGGGAGCUGGAGCGUAGCGCGUCCGCUGCCGCUCAUGACAGAGAUAGAGAUGUAGAUAAACGAGACUCCUCCGUUAGUAAAGAUGACAAAGAAAGGGAAAGCGUUGAGAAGAGACACUCCAGCCACCCUUCACCAGCACCCGUCCUCCCGGCGAGCGCCCUGGGACCUAACCGUAGCUCCGCCGAACAGAUCAGGGGUCAUUUGAACACGGAGGCGCGUGAGAAAGACAAAUCCAAAGAGCGGGAGAGAGACCACUCGGAGCCCCGCAAGGACCCGGCCGCCGACGAGCACAAGGCGAAGGAAGGCCCCCUGCCUGAGAAGGACGGCCACGGCCACGAGGGGCGGGCCGCGGGCGAAGAGGCCAAGCAGCUGGCCCGGGUGCCGUCGCCCUACGUGCGGACCCCCGUGCUGGAGAGCGCCAGGCCCAACAGCACCUCGAGCCGCGAGGCCGAGCCGCGCAAGGGCGAGCCGGCCUACGAGAACCCCAAGAAGGGCGCGGAGGUCAAGGUGAAGGAGGAGCGCAAGGAGGAGCACGACCUGCCUCCGGAGGCCCCGCACACCCACCGGCCGUCCGAGCCGCCGCCGCCCAGCUCCUCGUCCGGCGUGCACCCGGGGCCCCUGGCGUCGAUGCCCAUGACGGUGGGGGUGACCGGCGUCCACCCGCUGAACAGCAUCGGCGGCCUGGACAGGACGCGCAUGAUGACUCCCUUCAUGGGCAUCAGUGCCAUCCCGGGCGGAGAGCGGUUCCCGUACCCUUCCUUCCACUGGGACCCCAUACGGGACCCGCUGAGGGACCCCUACCGAGAACUGGACAUCCACCGCAGAGACCCGCUGGGCAGGGACUUCCUGCUGAGGAACGACCCCCUCCACCGUCUCUCGACCCCCCGGCUGUACGAGGCCGACCGCUCCUUCCGGGACAGGGAGCCUCACGACUACAACCACCACCACCACCACCACCACCACCCGCUGGCCGUGGACCCUCGGCGGGAACACGAGCGCGGGGCGCACCUGGACGAGCGGGAGCGUCUGCACGUGCUCCGGGAGGACUACGAGCACACGCGGCUGCACUCGGUGCACCCCGCCUCCCUGGACGGGCACCUGCCGCACCCCAGCCUCAUCACGCCGGGGCUCCCCAGCAUGCACUACCCCCGGAUCAGCCCCACGGCGGGCCACCAGAACGGACUGCUCAACAAGACGCCCCCGACGGCCGCGCUGAGCGCGCCCCCGCCGCUCAUCUCCACGCUGGGGGGCCGCCCCGUCUCGCCCCGCAGGACUACUCCUCUGUCCGCAGAGAUGAGGGAGAGGCCCCCUUCCCACACCCUGAAGGACAUCGAGGCUCGGUAAGGAGAGCAGGGCCCGCGCGAGGACGGAGAAGCCCCACGCCCGCACGACGCCAGACUUGAGGGGGGGGAGAGCGAGAGAGGACGGACCGCUGCCACGGACUGGGGGCCACGCGCCCCCGCCUCCGCCCCUUGUAAAAAAUGUAUAGACUCCGUGCGGAUUUUGAAAUGGUUUUUGUAUAUUCUAUGUUGAAAUUUUUCAGGUCUUUUAGCCAAGUCCGAUGUUCUCACAUCCCUAACUCUUUCGGUUUCUCGUAUAAAACUUUGUUGAUUUGAACCAAAACAGCGAAGAUGGCCUACACACCCGGCGCGGUGGUGACUGGGGGGGAGGCGGCGGCGGCGCCCGCGGUCCGGCGCGGAGCUCCCGCAGGUGAGAAGGGAGGCCGUGUACAUAGUCCUGUAAAGAAACGUUGCUUCGGGAGCUCAUGGUUCAUAUAUGCAAAGGGUAAGAUGAAAGCUUUACUUUGUACAAAUGUAAAUAGCUACAGAGUAAGUAACCUAAUACAUUACUACUUCUCCAAACGUGCUAUUCGCAGACUUACUACCCGCGAGCGCGGUCGCUGCGGCCGCGUUCCCACGUGUUGUUACAGACAGCUAAACCCUUCAACUAUGCAAUGAAUGUCGGGGCUUCUCUCGAAAGCCCUCCUGACUCCAAGGAGCCUUUUCAGACCCAUUUACAACACCCUUCAGGCCACAUCCCCGAGCGAGCGCUCACGCGACCGCUCGCGCCACAGGACUGUUCUCCUUGCUUGGUUUCCAAACGGAGAAACCUCCUAUCCUGCGGAUCGGACCCCAGGCCGAAAACGUGGCUUCCGAAGUGGUGGCCUGUGGGCCAUGGCAGUGGGGGCGGGGGGGUGGGCGGGGAGAGCGAGGGCAGCGCGGCCGGUGCCGGGGGAGGAUGGGGUUGUCAGAUGCCAAAAUCAGGGGACACAGGCCGCCGGCACCUCGUCGUCACCAGUUACGGGAUUUCACGCCCCCUCCUGUGGGAGCCACGCAUUUGUUUUGUUUUGUUUUUAGCGUGUCCCAUGUCCUCUCUGCACACAGCCUCCUCGUUCGCGGAUGAGGCGGGAUCCCACCCAAACAAAUCCUGAAAGAAAGCUUCGCGUUUUCUCAGAUGAUGGAUAUGUUUCUCACUGUACUCGGUAGCCGGGGGACCGAAGGGGCGCGUCUGCCCCCGUGACUCGCGGCGCUCCCGUGGGUCGGAAGGUCUGGAGGUGCCGGAACAGGUGGGGCCGGCCCCGCCACGGAGAGGCGCAGAGGGUGAACAGUGGCAGAGACCAAGUCCUGUGUGUGCGUGUGGUUUUGAGUUCGCAUCGACCUUAACGUGUCUUCAUAAUACUUUUAUAAUACAUUAAGCCUCUUGUCUACAUAUUUGGAGAGAAUAUGACUUUACUAGCAGAGAAAUACACUAUAUCUUGUCUACCGGACUGUAAAUUAUAUGUAUGAAAUAAAACUAGUGCCAUUGGGUCUUCUAGUAUAUUAAAGUGCUAUCUGAUGUUGUUAUCCUGUUUUUGCAAAAAAGAAAAAAAAAAGUUAACUACAGACCAUUGUUUCUAAUAAGCAGAGAGAUCUAUUUUAGUAGUAAACUGAAGGUUUAGUGGUGAGUUUCAGAUUUUGUGAACUCCAGCUGUUGUGCAGUGGGUUUUUUUUUUGGUUGGGUUUUUUUGCUUUGGGGUUUUUUUUGUUUUUGGUUUUUUUUUUUUUUGGUUUUAGUUUUGGUUUUGUUUUGUUUUGUUUUGUUUUGUUUUUUAACAACAACUUAAAAAAAAAAUCCAAGGGAUAUGAACACUGGAACUGUAGUGGUAGCUUUCAGUCUUGUAAAGAGAUUGUUCUAUACAGACCUUUUUGCUGUUUAUCCUGUAUGUAAUAAAGUCCUUCCUAGACCCUAUGUGAAAACCGACUGACUCUUCAGCAUGUUCCCAUCGAUGGAGCCUUCUUGUGUAAUGUAAACUGUGCCAUGUUAUUAAAAAAUGUGAACCAAG